AUGUCAGAUUUCAGGAUCUCCAAGGACUCCGAGGGUGAUAUUUUCCAAUGCUUGAUCUGCAACAAAACCUACAGACACAAGAGAAACUUGAUCAAACAUGUUCGUUAUGAGUGCGGAGAUCAGCGUCCGUUUGCUUGUUCGUUCUGUCCGUUCAGCUCCAAGCAGAAGGCUGGUCUUAAGCUUCACGUAUUCAACAGACAUCAAAAUGUGGCCAACAUUGAUCUAAUCUACCAGUGCUCCAUUUGUUCAAAGUCUUACAAGCACAAGAAAAACCUCAACAAACAUAUGAAGUACGAGUGUGGGAACCAGAGGCCAUUUGUGUGCGACUUGUGCCCGUACAGCGCCAAGCAGAAGGUUCACCUUCGAGCACAUCUUUUCACCAAACACCGUGUCACCAGUUAA